ACCGACGAUAGUUAAACCAGGACAAUUUAAUCAACCAAAUCUCGUGCCGAUGUGGAAUCAAAAUGAACGAUUAUUGAUCAAAGCACCGAAAUAUCAUCAACAAAUCGGCAAUGCUGGUCAUCGGAAUGGUCAAAGUUUCCAGUGAUCCUCGAUUUCUUGGUCCGUUAAUUGGUUCUAAUUUUCAUCAUUUACUUGGACAUGCGAAUGGAGCUACUUUUGCUUACGGAUCGAGAAACUUUUGGCCUUUUCCAACUUCUACUACUCAACAUCACGAUUCUCAAUUGGUCUCAUCGUUUAUCAAUCAAGAUCGAAGUCUUUUCGAUUUUCAUCCUAGAAAUCAAGGUUUAACAUUGGAUAAAUUGUCAGAUAAUUGUGACCAAUCAAAUCGACAACAACGAAGGAGUCGAACUGCUUUUUCCCAUCAUCAACUUCAAGUAUUGGAAGCGACUUUCAGUAAAGUUCAAUAUCCGGAUUUAACUGCUCGUGAACAAUUAUCGAUGUUAAUUCAGUUACCUGAAUCUCGAAUUCAAGUUUGGUUCAAAAAUCGACGAGCAAAACACCGGAAAUCAAUGAAAAAUCGAAUAAUAUUAACCAACAACAAUCUAAAUCACGAUAAUCAAAACAGUUCAAAUGAUGUUCAUAGUGUUUCCGUUAAUCCAUCAAAUCCAAUAAGAUCUAAUUCAUUGAUAUCGACAACAAUAUCACCUUCAUCAUCAGUAACAAAACCCCCAACAACAACAACAACAACAAUUAACUUAUCACCAUUAAGAGAUGAUCAUUUUCUUAGUAAAAAGUCAUUUUAAUUGUUACAAAAUUAACUAAUCAUUCACCGAUUGUAAUCAAACUCAUUGUCUCAAGUUGUAAGUUAAUUUUAAUGUAUUAUAUCAGAACAUAUCAAUAACAAUAAACCACCUUUUGAUUAUCUAAUUAAACUCAUCAUGUCGAUUGAAGAUUCUAA